AAUGUGAACUUCCCUCCCCUCCCAUUGGAAGCUCCCAAGCGAGAGGCCAACAACCGCUCUGCUCCACGGUGGCGCCGGAUUCAUGCGGCGGAGUACCUCGGCCGCUGCAGUCUGUGAAGUGCCGGCGACCUUAGCCGCCGCAGAUUUCAUAUGCACAGAACCGUAGAGUGCUAUUCCUCUGUGUGCGUGUGUAGAGAGGGAGAGAGAUAGAGAGGUGGAGAUGGGGCAGAGCUUGAGUUGUGGAGCGAGGCAGGACCACGUCAUAUUCUCUGCCGUGCAGUGCGGCGACAUCGCGGCGGUGCGCGCGGUUCUUGCGGCGGAACCCGGUCUCUUGAAUCAAACGACUGCCUAUGAUCGUCACUCCGUUCUUCAUAUUGCGGCUGCUAGUGGCCAGAUCAAGAUGUUGUCUAUGCUUCUGGAACAAGUUACAAAUCCAGAUGAGUUAAAUCUUCACAAACAGACACCAUUGAUGUUGGCUGCGAUGUAUGGGAAGAUCUCCUGCGUGAAGAAGCUCAUUGAAGUCGGGGCUAAUAUUUUGAUGUUCGAUUCUGUCAAUCGACGAACAUGCUUGCAUUAUGCGGCAUACUACGGUCAUGCUAACUGUGUUCAAGCCAUCCUUUCUUCUGCUAAGACAAGCCCUGUUGCUGUUCAUUGGGGAUAUGCGAGAUUUGUAAACAUUAGAGAUGACAAGGGAGCGACCCCAUUGCAUCUUGCAGCCCGUCAAAGACGGCCUGAAUGUGUGCAUGUCCUGUUGGACAGUGGUGCUCUCGUUUGUGCUUCUACUGGUGUCUACAGUUCACCAGGAAGUACACCUCUUCACUUGGCAGCCAGGAGUGGAUCUAUUGAUUGCGUACGCAAACUGCUUGCUUGGGGUGCUGAUCGCCUUCAGAGAGAUGCUUCUGGAAGGAUUCCGUAUGCAGUUGCUCUGAAGCACAAGCACGGAGCAUGUGCAGCCUUGCUUAACCCAUCAUCGGCAGAGCCUCUUGUAUGGCCGUCACCAUUAAAGUUCAUUAGCGAGCUUAACGACGAGGCGAAAGCACUUCUAGAACAAGCUUUAAUGGAUGCUAACAGGGAGAGGGAGAAAACAAUCCUAAAGGGAACUGCUUAUGCGCUACCAUCACCAUCUCUAUCUCUUUCAGAAACUGCAUCAGACAACAUGUCUGAGGAGAGUGAUACUGAGCUGUGUUGCAUCUGCUUUGAGCAAGUAUGCACCAUCGAAGUGAAAGACUGUGGUCACCAAAUGUGUGCACAAUGCACACUGGCAUUGUGUUGCCACAACAAGCCGAACCCGGCAACUUCCAACGUGAACCCACCAGUCUGUCCCUUCUGCAGAAGCACCAUUUCCCGACUAGUUGUCGCCCUGAACAAGAGCCGAGAAGAUGUUGAUCUCGAAACAUCGGAUUUCAGCUCCUCGAGAUUCAGAAAGUACAGAAGAUCAAUGAACAUGAGCGAGGGAAGCAGCAGUUUCAAGGGCUUGUCGGCUGCGGGAUCGUUCGGAAAGAUGAGUGGCCGCAGCUCGGUAAGAAUCGCUGCCGACGAGUGGAUGGAUAAAUCUUCAUCUUGACCUUCAUAACCCAAGGGGGUAAAAGUCUUUUGGGGGGGCAAAAACAAGAACGAAGGGAUUUUGAACACCUAAGCAAUAUUCAAAAGAUGGGGGGGGGGAGGUGAAAAUGUAUAAAAUAUAGAUCCACUUAUGCAAUGAUUUUAUAUUUUUGGGGGGUUGGGAUGGAAAUAAGAAAAAAGGGUAAUUGAAUUACUGAGAGAAUAGUCCAAUCAGGUUGGUAAGUUUGGCAAAUGGUUGUUGUAUUGUUUCUUUACUUCAUAUUAUAGGAGUCAGGUUCCUGUCUCUCAA